AAAUCAUAAUCGAAGGAGAAAAAAAUUUUUGUGGAAAGAUCAACAAAAGAAACUCGAAAAAGAGAAUAAAGUAUUUCUAUUUUGGACACUUUUUUAUUGAAAAUUGAUUUUCCUUUAACCUUAUCCAAGUGACAUUUAAAAUGCAUUCACUUCGACUUUCAACUGAACCAUUUAAUCAAAUGUUGAACCCAAUGACUACAAUCUUACCAGCAACCAUAACACCAGCCUCGUUGGGGUCAACAUCGGCAACAACAACCGUAACAGCGACAACUGUUAUCGAACCUUUUGGUGACUUUUUCACUCAAAUUCACGGAAAAUCUUCACCUUAUCAUCCCAAUCAUCAUCCCUCUUUUGUACAUUCAUCUCAUCAACCUAAUCACUUUCACCAACUCAACAUGAACUCUGUUAACCUGAAAAGUCCGGUUCUCAUUGAAUCAACCGACUUGAUGGAUGAACCAAGUGUGCAUUUAAUCUCAUCUACAACCUCUUCCAUAUCCAACUUGUCACCUUUACCUUCAGCCUCACCAAGUCUACAUUCAUCGCCUUGCUCACCUUUAUCAUCUUGCUCAUCGCCAUCUUCUUCAUCGCAUGCAUCCAAUGCAACAGCCAUAACUUCAUCUUUAACCUCAUCCCUGACCUCAUCAUCUUCCUCAAUGGCACCAACUCGACCCUUCCGUAACCUAUCCUUGACUCCUUUAAUGCCCUGUACACCGUCGCCUCUGACCACAAGCUCAUUAAACCAUCAACCCUUGACACCUUCAUCCUCAAUGUUUGACUCUAUGAUGGAUGAUGACGAGGAUGAUGAAGAUGAUGAUGAUCUUGACGAGGACAUUUCGAUCAUGGUUAAAGAAGAGCAACAAAAAUCAUUCAAUAACAUCAUUAACAAUAAUAACAAUAAGAACGACCAUGGUAAUAACAAUAAUAAUAAACGAUCCAAAGGAACGAAAACUCGACGAACCAGAGCAAGAAGUCCAACUUUGGUAAACAAAUUGAAGCGUAAUCGUCGGGUAAAAGCAAAUGACCGGGAACGUAAUCGUAUGCACAAUUUAAAUCAAGCACUUGAACGUCUUCGCAAGAUUUUACCGACAGCCUCGGAAGAAACUAAAUUAACUAAAAUUGAGACACUUCGAUAUGCUCAUAACUACAUUUGGGCGCUUUCAGAGACGAUAAGGCUUCUUGACUCGACGAGACCUUGAAUAAUUUUUAUUUAUUUUGAUUAAUAUUGUAAUAAUGAAUAUAU